CAGAUGUUUCAGCUGCAUUUCAGCCACUCUGAGAAUUUCUCUCGAGCAGCCCCUGACAGACUGUAAAUUUCUCUGCAACUGAAGAUAUGAUCGUCUUAAUUUACUUAUUUGUCUUGCUGUGGGAAGAAGCUCAAGGAUGGGGAUUCAAGAAUGGAAUCUUUCAUAACUCCAUAUGGCUUGAACAAGCAGCUGGUGUAUACCACAGAGAAGCUCGGUCUGGCAAAUACAAGCUCACCUAUGCAGAAGCUAAGGCCGUGUGUGAAUUUGAAGGUGGCCGUCUCGCCACCUACAAGCAGCUAGAAGCAGCCAGAAAAAUUGGAUUUCAUGUCUGCGCUGCUGGAUGGAUGGCCAAAGGUAGAGUUGGAUAUCCCAUAGUGAAACCCGGGCCCAACUGUGGAUUUGGAAAAACUGGCAUUAUCGAUUAUGGAAUCCGACUCAACAGGAGUGAGCGAUGGGAUGCCUACUGCUACAACCCACAUGGAAAAGAGUGUGGUGGUGUCUUCACAGACCCAAAGCGAAUUUUUAAAUCUCCAGGCUUCCCAAAUGAGUACGAUGACAACCAGGUCUGCUACUGGCACAUUAGACUCAAGUAUGGUCAGCGCAUUCACCUGAGUUUUUUGGACUUUGACCUUGAACAUGAUGCAGGUUGUUUGGCUGACUAUGUUGAAAUAUAUGACAGUUAUGAUGAUGUCCAUGGCUUUGUGGGAAGAUACUGUGGUGAUGAACUUCCCGAAGACAUCAUUAGCACAGGAAAUGUCAUGACCUUGAAGUUUCUGAGUGAUGCUUCCAUCACAGCAGGAGGUUUCCAGAUAAAAUAUGUUGCAGUGGAUCCUGCAUCCAAAUCCAGUCAAGGAAAGAAUUCAAGUACUGUUUCUACGGGAAGUAAAAACUUCUUAGCUGGAAGAUUUAGUCAUUUAUAAAAAAAAAAAAAAGAAAGCUGUUCAAACAUACAAUAUUAUGUUUGUAUCUUUUGGACUCUCAUCUCACUUUUGUAUUAUUAUUAUUAUUAACACGUAUUUAUUGUUUUUAUAAAUGUGAAAGCAAUACCUAGUUGUGGGGGAAACUGAAAAAUGCAGAAAACUUCAGAUGAGAAAAAAAAGCCUCUCACAAUCCUACUAUACAGAAAUAACUAGUGUUAAGAUUUUUCUAUAUUUUUCUUUCUGUCAUGUUUCUAUUUGCAGCAUAUGUAUAUAUGUAUCUAUGUGUAUUUGUACUUGAAUUUUUGCAUUCCGCAUUUUAUACCUGACCCUUUUUUUAUUUUUAUUUUUUUUGGUCUUUUUAAAACAGGAUCUCCUUGUAGCCCCAGCUGGCCUGGAACUUACCAUGUAGACCAGGCUGGUCUUGAAUUCACAGAGAUCCACCUGCUUCUGCCUCCCAAGUGCUGGGACUACAGGCGUGCACUACCAUGCCCAGCUUAUCUUGAAUUUUUUUAACCUUAAACUUUAUAGCUCAGUCUUUCCCAGAUCAUUGAGUUUUCUAUAAAACAUGACUUUAAGUCACUGUAAAAUACCCCCAACAUGAUGGUUCCCUGUUUUAUUUAAGUCUAACUCUAUUGUUUGAAUUUUAUAUUGUUUUCAUAAGUAUUGCUGUAAUAAAUAUUC